AUGGCAUCUCUACAAGAACGCCCACCACCGACCACCGCGUCAAUAGCCAUAGCAUGCGCAAUUAUCGGCGGAGUCACUGGCUACUUUUUGGGACAGGGAGCUUCGAUCGGCCUGUUCGGAGGCAGCUCGAGCCAGAAGCCAAGCCAUUCGAAAGAAAAGCUAGACGAGGAUGAGGACGAGGACGAGAGUUUAAGCGACGAGGACGAAGUAACAUCAGCCCAGAAGAACUUCAUGGCGAAAGAUGCACAUAUCAGGGAGGAAUGCAAGCUCGUUUUGGUUGUCAGGACAGAUUUGGGCAUGACGAAAGGCAAGAUUGGUGCACAGUGUGGCCAUGCAACUCUCGCCUGCUACAAAUACUUCCUCCGCAACUCCCCGGACUCGCCAAUCCUUCGUAAUUGGGAAAGAUAUGGACAGACGAAGGUUGCAGUGCAAGUCAGGAGCGAGGAGGAGCUAGAGAUACUGCAGGCCCAGGCAAUGAGCUUGGGGCUAUGCGCUCAAAUCAUACAUGAUGCGGGCAGGACACAGAUCGCGAGCGGCACUACCCAAGUACCGUCACUACACCCUCGAACGCUGCUCCCAUCAGUCACCGCCAUCAUGGAUAUCGUUUCCAUCGAAGAGGCGAACAAGAUUCGCGUGGCCAUGGGGAUGAAGCCGCUGCCAGUGCCAGGCGCUGCCGCCCCAGGACCUGUCUUCAAGGAGACCGACAACGGCGACGAUUCCGAAGACGACCCCGCAAGCACCAUCGAGACUCGCACAGCUGCGGCCUACGACAACUACCAGAAGCUGCAAGAGGAAGCCGCGGCGAAGAAGGAACGCGAUGCCAAAAAGGCCGCCAUCAAGAAGGCCCGGGACCAAGCUCAACGUUUUGCUGCGUUGGAGGGGAAAGGCCUUGCGGACGACGAUGAGGAACUUGAUACUAAGAGCUGGCUGCUCUCAUCAAAGAAACGGCAGAAGAAGAUCGAGAAGGCUAGGAAGCUCGCAGCAGAGCUGGAGGAGCGUGAGAAGCAGGCGUUAGCCGCUACUGAAUACACAGCUGCAGACCUCGCAGGUGUCAAAGUCGGACACGAGGUGAACGAGUUCGGCGAAGGCCAGGACGAGAUUUUAGUGCUAGCCGACGGUGCCGUGACUGACGACGAGGCCGAGGACAAGCUCGAGGCGGUGAAUCUCAAGGAGAAGGAGAGACUCAAGGAGAAGCUCGAUAGCAAGAAAAGGAAGCGGGUGUACGAUCCGAAUGAUCAAGACGAGGGCGAGAGCUCCGUGCUGGCCCAAUACGACGACGAGAUCUCAGGCAAGAAGAAGAAGGUGUUCACUCUCGACGGAAAAGGAAGGACGGUUGAAGAGGUCACUAUGGCAAACACAGACUCGUCAAAAUCGAAAAAGGGAGUGAGCAUUAGCUUGGAUAUUCUCAAGGAUGAAACGCCCAUCUCCGACUACAUGGAUCUCUCGAAAAUCAAAGUCAAGAAGCCUAAGAAGAAAAAGAAGGAGACUCGCAAGAAGGUGAUCGACGAAGAUGAUAUUUUCGCAGUCGCAGACGCAGCUCCACCCCCAAAUGACGUCGAGGAUGGUGCAAUGGAUAUCGAUACUCCGAACCAAGGAGCACUCGUUCCGCAGCGAAAGAAACCCUCCUUUGACGAUGCCUUCUUGGACGACGACGACCUUCAGGCUCAACUUGCCCUGCAGAGAAGGGCUGCUCUCAAGAAGCGCAAGAAGCUGCGUCCUGAAGACCUGGUCCGCCAAAUGGAAGAAGAAGCGUCAGCUACGCCUGAUGUUAUGGAGACCACGGAAGACGGCGAGGAUGAGCCUGGCCUUGUCCUCGACGAGACGUCCGAGUUCAUUGCCAACUUUCAGAAACCUGCGGAAGAAGAGGCUCGACCAGCUAAUGGACGCCUGUCGAUGAGCCCUGACUCCCCUGCGGCUGACGAUGAAAGUGACAUCGACAUGGAUGACGCAACCGUACUCCAAGAGGAAAGCUCCCGCACGCGCAGUGUGUCUGUAGACAUGCCAACGACUGGCCUGGACGAUGAAACGACGCUAGAUAAGGGUGUUGGUGCGGCUCUUACCCUUUUGAGGCAACGUGGUAUCGUGCAGGGUGGCGAUGCUGGAGGCCUUAACACUGCCACGCGUGAGCGCCAUCGCUUCUUGGCAGAAAAACAGAAGGCGGAGGAAGCUGCCGAGAGAAAGGCCAGAGAACAGCGAGACCAAGACAGGAAGUCUGGACGCCUGGAUCGGAUGACUGCUCAGGACAGGGAGGCCUAUGCUCGCUCAACGAAUCUAGCCCGUGAACAUGCGGAAGCACGGAAGCAGGCUGAGAUGUACAAGACCUACACGCCAACCUUCGAACUCAAGUACACCGAUGAGCACGGAAGGAACAUGGACCAGAAGGAAGCCUUCCGCCAUCUUUCCCACCAAUUUCACGGAAAGGGUUCUGGCAAGAUGAAGACGGAGAAGCAUCUCUCAAAGAUCGAAGCUGAGAAAAAGAGGUUGGCAGCUAGCACUUUGGAUUCCAGCCAGCACACGGGCAUGUCGAGUGCACAAGGUGUACAGGCGAAGAAGCACAAGCAAGCUGGCGUACGUUUGCAGUAA